AUGAACCCCGGGGCUGGUGGCCCUGUCGGCGGUGUCCCUAUGAUUAAUAACGGCUCGACGGCUCCCCGUAAUGAUGGAAAUCUGAACCAUAUCCCUGAGAAUAUGAUCAUCAACCUCAACACUUACAUUUACGACUAUUUCUUGAAACGCGGCUACUAUGAUUGUGCGAGAGCACUCGUGCAGGACGAGUCGAUAAAACUCAACACCGACCCCAACACAAAAACAAGUCCUGGCCAUCGUCGCGACGGCGAUAUUAAUGGCAUUGACGGUGACGCCAUGAUGACAGAUGGCAAGGACGGUGAAAGACUGAAGAUUCCUGAUGACCUCCCUCGACCCAGUCUCCCAAGCGAAAGCCAGCAAUCGUCCUUCCUUUUGGAUUGGUUCAGCCUGUUUUGGGAUUUCUUUUGGGCGCAGCGCAAGAAGGGGAAUAGCAAUGAUGUCAGACAGUACCUACAACAUCACCAGAAUAUCAUGCGUAUGCGCGAACAGCAACAGAAUCACAUGCUACGUCAGCCCAUGAUGCCUGGACAGAUGGGCCAGCUGAACAAUAUGCGUCGUCCUGGCAUGAUCCCGAAUCUGCAGAAGACGGUCUUGCAGAAUAAUACCGGUGGCCUGUCCCAACAGCAAAUUGCUCAUCUUAAGAACCAACAACAACAAGUCCAUAUGAUGCAGCACAUGCAGAGAGAGCAUUCGGACAUUGACAUGAAUGGCCAUCGCCCGCAAUCUCCCUCCUCGGCCGAGAACGCGCCUUCACCCCCCAAGCGACCCCGUCUGGAAGGUGGCCCCAUGAAUGGACAGCAACAGUUGGCUCCCAACGGCCGUGGUCAAGGGCAGGUGAUGCCAGGUCAACCCAAUCAGCCCGCACUUUUGAUGCAAAACGGAAUGGCACGGACGAUGAAUCCUGGACAGUUCCCGGCCUUUCAGCAACAAGGCGGCCCAGCGGGGCAGCAGCAAAAAUCCAUCCAGGUAUAUGCUCACAACUUGGCUCUACAUCACUCACGCUCAGCAUUGAAUAACCAGGGCAUGCCGAAUGGCUUGAUGAACCCCGGUGUCAUGCCAAACCAGACGGACCUGGUCCCAAUGCCAGACGGCCAAGGGAUGUAUCCCAUGAGUGCGGAUUUCUACGCCGCGAAUGGUCAGAUUGUGCAGGGCCGGACUGGUAUGCAGACACCUGGCGGUCAGCACGGGAACCACGCUCUCCAAGAUUAUCAGAUGCAGUUGAUGCUGCUGGAACAGCAGAAUAAACGGCGUCUGAUGAUGGCUCGUCAAGAGCAGGACAGCAUGACCCGCGUUGAUGGCCAGCCCCCAAUGCCUGGGCAGCAAGCGCUUCCACCAGGCACUUCUCCCCAAGGCAGCCGGGCGGGCACCUCUCCGAAUCCCAACGAUCAAAUGAAACGGGGUACACCCAAGAUCCCCCAGACCGGUCUUCCUGGCUCCCCGAGCGCUGUCGACGCCAUGGCCCAGGGUCGCGGCUCCCCGGCUUCGAUGAACUUCACUGGCCAAAUGCCUUCGGAUAUGAGUUCGUCGUUCUUCGUCAAGGGUAUGGAGGGUAUGGCCGGUCCGAACGGCAUGCGCCCCCCCAGCUCGAACCCAGCCUUUAGUGGCCCUCAGAUGGUCCAACCCAUCCCGGCUGGAGCCGCGAACCGUGUGCCCAAUGGAGGUUGGCAACCUGGCCCGCAAGGCCAACCGAUGGUCCCGCAACAGCAACCGACAAACCAACCUCAGCCUACGGGCACGCCUCAGGAACGGGGCGCGAUGCCACCUCCACAGGCACCACCGGCUCCAGGCGCUGUUGCUGGCCGUACCCAGCCUGCAUCGCCUCAAACAGGCGCUGCCCCUCCAACGCCGCAGCAGGCCAAUAAAGCGGCGCCGAAGAAGAAGGACACCAAAGAUGUUAAGAAGCGAAUUAAGAAAGCCUCAACCGCCGCCGCGAACUCAAAUACGGCCGCAACUCCAUCCUCUGAAACCGAGCCACCUCCGACUCCUACCCCAUCUACCCCUAUCACGCCUCAACACCCGAACUCGUUUAACAAGACCGGCGCCAAUGCGGCGACCAGCGCUCCGCAACAGCCAACUUCUGCGCCUGCCCCCCAGCCGAUGGUGCAGCAACCUCCUGACCAAACCUUCCCCGAAAUACCGAUUCCUGAUACUGCUGCCUUUAACCUGGAUUUCACCACACUAGAAAACCCAGAUAUCUUGGAGAACUUCGACUUCGAUACUUUCCUCAAUACCGAUGCGGAUGCAACUGGAUUCGGCUUCGACCCCAGCAUAUCCUACCCCACGGACGGUGUCGAAACGGGUGCCGGAGAUGGCUUGUAA